ACUGAAAUGGAUAGUGAGACGCAAGGCGCUUCGCAGGCUCCGAGCACGACAGAUCCAGAGGCCAUGGCGGUGAGACGCCUGGAGCUGGAGCUGGAAAAGGUGCGCCUACAGCUAGAGUGCGAGCGCAUUGCUCUACGGAGAGUGGAGCUCGAGCAGUCGAGCAGGCCGCCUUCGGUGUCGGAAGGAAGCGAUCGGCGCGGUGCCAUCACGGAUGGAAUAGCACAAUGUGCUAAAGUGCUUAAGGCAUACCGGUUGCCGUGUGACGCUGACGUUCCGAUAUGGUUUGAUGAGGUCGAAAAGUUGUUUGCAUCUUUUCAAGUACCAGAACACAGCCGGGUACAUUUGAUCAUGCCGGCGCUGGCCGAGCGGGUUCGUUAUCUGUUGCGUGGCCUCAAUGACGAGGAAUGUACAGAUUAUGAUACUGUAAAGAAGGCGGUAUUAGAUGAACUUAAGCUCACGCCAGCUAAAUACUUGGAGAGGUUUGAAAAGGUUUCUAAACGAAAGGAGGAAACUUGGGCUCAGUUCGCGUCCCGCGCUAGAACCUAUUUGGCCUAUUACCUUCAGUCUCGCACUGCAAACACCAAAGAAGCUAUGACGGAGCUUAUGGUCGCUGACCGUAUGAAAGCUAGUCUAAGCUCAGAAGCCCUAGAAUAUGUUCUUUUGCGGGAAGGCGAAGAUUGGUUUAAGCCAGUGGAGGUGGCGAAAGUGCUCGAGACUUUCGAGCAAGCUAAAGGGAAAGGACGAGCAACUAAGCUAGCCUCAACAGCCUCAUUGCCGCAGCACGCAAAACUAGCUGGCCCGCAGAGGACAAAUUUAAGAUGCCACGUGUGUCAUAUACAGGGUCACCUAGCCAGAGACUGCCCAAAAGCUUCAGAUAAAGAACCGCAGGGGAAGCCACCGACUGUGCAAAAACAAAGGGUACAGAAGGUUGCUGUUGUAAGUGAAGAACCUCCACCAGAGCAAGAAAGGGUGCUAAGCGCUAGAGUACAUGUCGUAGCUCAAAAUGCUAGCUCGGGGAGGUCGAAGCUGGACCUAAUCCCUAUCAUGUGCGGGGAUAUAGCAACGGAAGCUGUGUUGGACACAGGUAGUGAGAUAACGGUAGUCCGUAAAAGUAUGUUGCCCAUCGAUUUACAGGAGCCAUCACGAACAGUAAGACUUGAGUCGGCAUUCGGAAACACCAUUCGAGCUAAGCUAGCUACGCUGCCCGUAGGCAUGCAUCGCCCGGGGGCUGUGAUACAACCGCAGAGGAUCGAUCUGGUGUGCGCGGUUACCGACGAACUUGCAAACGGGGUUGACUGCCUGCUGUCAAAGGAAGAUUGGGAACUACUACGGGCGCAGGAAAAAGAGGAGUUUGGAGAGGAAAAUAUUCCGCGGGCAGGGGUCCGAUCAGUCGAAAUGGUCGAUAACACUGAGCCGGACUGCGGUCUAAGUUGCGAAGAAACGACAGAUGAAAUCCCUAAAUUGCAAGGGAAUAGUUUGAUGCAGGAUGUCAAUGGGGUGCCCAGUCAGCGGGAGCUAGAACUAACCGAGAGUGUAGCUGAGUUGACAGGCACCGAGUGCCAGAGCAAAUAUGCUCUAGUUUACGAUAGGAGGGCACGGACAAAAGAAUUUAAUGUCGGGGACCAAGUACUCCUCUUUGACACAGGUUGGGCACUCAAGAAAUUUGACUACUGGCUUUUCGGAGCAGUGGUGAAUGUUGUCUCUGAUCAUAACCCACUGUCAUAUUUGACAACCAGCACCCCCCAGGGGGCCAAGUUAGCAAGAUGGGCGCUUUCACUACAGCGCUACAAUGUAACGGUGCGUCACCGGAAAGGAACAUGUAACGCCAAUGCUGAUGCAUUGUCAAGGCUCUCGAAUCGUUCGUGGGAGCCAAUCGAGUAAAGAGCAGGAAAGAAAGGAUAGACAGAAACAGCCAUGCCAGCUGGGACAGGCGUGAAUGUUCCCGUUCACCCGAAGGAUGUGUGCGUGGGACAGUUCAGCCUUGGUGGAACUUUCUGUGGCUGUUGUCGUCUAUGUGUGUGAGGGUUAUAAGACUAUGGACAUACUAUGUAUAUAACCUGCAUAUGUUACUUUACUGCUGUUGUGCCGUGCAGUGCGUUGGAGUGUUCCUGUACAUACAUGAGUGUUUCUUUUGCAUGCUCACUGUCAUGAAUGUGUUGAGCUUUCGCCUUUUUUUUUUUGUCUCUGAGAGAAAAUUGUUUUUUUUCUGUGGUCCUUUCAGUUAAUUUCCCUGUUCCUUACGGACUCCGCAGCACCCGUGUUGGGCAGCGUAUGUCGAUUUUCUUUGACGACGGAACCUUCAGAGCCUAAAUCUUAUGAUACAGCGCCCUUUGGCUCUUGUAGUAUAGCUGGGAACAUCGUAAGCCCAGUAUACUCUUUAGGAGGGACGUGUAAGGUCGCUCUGAUUGUUCGGCUUCUUAAGUCUCACGAAUCGGCCUCGUGCUUUGUGUAUAGAGAGGGGGUUCACUUCCCCCCAUGUCAGCGGGGCGACAGUUGCUGUGUUAUGCGGGGUCACAGGCAACGCGCGGGGUUUGGUGACGCAUCGCGGCAGGUGCCAGGCGGGCGUGUGCCGAUUGCUGGAAGUCAGUAUUGUGCGCACGAUGUUCGCAGUCCGCCGACGGGUCACACAGACCAGCCUUAAAACGAACCGCUGUACAAAAGGUAUUGUGAGCCUGGCGCCCGAGUCCCUGACUAAUUGGAGGCGCCGCCGAGGUUAAGAAGGACUUAGCAACUCUGACUCCGUGCUGCAUGCAGUGAGCAUGGACCUA